UGUCAAAAGUUGCUCUUCCGUGUCUGCUUUCUUUGCUGGCUGCGCCAGGUAGAAAAAUUACAUAAAUUCCCUGAAAAGACCCAUUCGGUGUGGCCAAAUUGUGUGGUCAGACGUUCCUGGCCAGUUGUGUGUUGGAGUGGUGUGUGAAAAGUGGCUGUCAGUGCACUGGGAGAGAUGAUUGUGAAGCGGGCAAAAAGGAUGGCUGCAAAGUUGGUGGUUCUACGAAGGUGUUCAUCAUUGUAAAAGGUGAAAAAAAGUGCCCUUGCAUUGCAAGAGACAAAAGAAGUGCAAAAAAAAGACCUCGAGGACAGUGUCUGUGGCUUCGGGGGUGGCAUAAAGUGAUCAAGAGUUAAGUUAUUUGCGGGAGGAAUUGCGUUGUGGCGUAUUUUGACGAAGAGGGAGCAAUAUAGGUCGCCUUGAAGGUAAUUCUCUCACUGCACAGAAAUUUGUGGGUGAAAGUCGCACCUCUUCCGGACACCGUGUGGCCUUGUGUUGGCGGAUGAGAUCCCGUGACGACAGCACGGGAGUGGUGUCUGUGGUCAAGCAAACACCUUCCGGACAGCUACUCUGAAGGGGCUUUGGUGGGGGAUUGGGUCUUGGGGGAAGAAGAAGGCAGCAACUGAGAGACAAGCAAGAUGAAUAUGGCGACAGCUGAGAAUUCCAUUCGCUUCAGUGAUCACACACUGGACAAGGCGACCAAGGCAAAGGUGACUCUGGAGAAUUACUACAGCAACUUGAUCACGCAGCACGGGGAGCGAAAAGAGCGCCUGGCCAAACUGGAAGCCUCCCUCAAGGAUGACACACUCACGGAAACGCAGAAGCAAGAGAAAAGGAUUCAGCAUGCUCAGAAAGAAACAGAAUUCCUCAGGCUCAAGCGUUCCAGGCUCGGAGUUGAGGAUUUUGAUGCACUCAAGGUGAUUGGGCGAGGAGCGUUUGGGGAGGUGCGCCUGGUGCAGAAGAAGGAUACAGGGCAUGUGUAUGCGAUGAAGGUGCUGCGGAAGGCGGAUAUGUUGGAGAAGGAGCAAGUGGCUCAUGUGCGUGCUGAGCGUGAUGUCCUGGUGGAGGCUGAUCAUCAAUGGGUCGUGAAGAUGUACUACAGCUUUCAGGAUCCGGUCAAUCUCUACCUCAUCAUGGAAUUCCUGCCAGGCGGAGACAUGAUGACGCUGCUGAUGAAGAAGGACACACUUUCGGAGGACUGUACGCAGUUCUACAUUGCCGAAACUGCCCUGGCUAUCGACAGCAUCCACAAACUGGGCUUUAUCCAUCGGGACAUCAAGCCGGAUAAUUUGUUGCUGGAUGCCCGGGGGCACCUGAAAUUGUCGGAUUUUGGGCUGUGCACGGGUCUCAAGAAGUCCCAUCGCACGGAUUUCUAUCGGGAUCUGUCGCAGGCCAAACCGUCCGACUUCAUUGGCACCUGCGCCAGUCCCAUGGACUCCAAGAGGCGUGCUGAGAGUUGGAAGCGGAACCGUCGGGCGCUGGCGUACAGUACGGUAGGGACGCCGGAUUAUAUUGCACCUGAGGUGUUCCUGCAGACGGGAUAUGGGCCAGCGUGCGACUGGUGGUCACUUGGAGUGAUUAUGUAUGAGAUGCUGAUGGGCUAUCCGCCCUUCUGCUCCGACAAUCCCCAAGAUACCUACCGCAAAGUGAUGAAUUGGCGUGAGACGCUCAUCUUUCCGCCCGAGACGCCCAUCUCGGAGGAGGCCAAGGAGACAAUAAUCCGAUUCUGCUGUGAAGCUGAGCGAAGAUUGGGCUCACACCUUGGAAUUGAGGAGACAAAAUCUGUGCCCUUCUUCCGUGGCGUCGACUGGGAGCACAUCCGUGAGAGGCCAGCUGCAAUACCAGUUGAAGUGCAUUCAAUCGAUGAUACAUCCAAUUUUGACGACUUUCCGGAUGUAUCUCUCGAAAUUCCGUCUGCACCACAUCCACAGGAUGGGGAAAUCCUCAAGGAUUGGGUAUUUAUUAAUUAUACAUUUAAGCGCUUCGAGGGGCUCACUCAGCGAGGGACACCGAUAAAAAACCGGGAUCUGACUGUGUCGAGGGGAUAGAAGGCUGACAUUGCCACAACAGCUCCCUGCAGAGGAGAAAAGAAAAGAAAACACCGCCCGGGAAUUUGCAUUAAUUUCCAUGGAAAAGUUAUUUAGACCGACUGCUGGCCACUGGUUUCACUUCCAGCAUGAAUUGCAUGAAUUAUUCAGGAAGUAAUCAACUCACCGAGGC